AGCUCCACCUUUUACUCCAGGGAGGGGUUGGAUUGAACUAUUUUCGCCCUUUCUCGUACGCUGCCCACCCAAGCGACUGUUUUCUCUCACGCCUUCUCUCUCGUUUUGCCUUUCACUGUGAGGGGGGCUGCAGCCCGGCGUGCGUCGCGGAGGCCGUUUGGAGUGAUGUAGCGCGUGCGGUUUGAUGUCAGCGCGAGGCCCCAGCUCGCUCCUCCCGGGUGGUUACUGAGGAGAGGAUGACUGCCCAGGCUCCUACAGGAAGUGACAAUAAAACUUUUCUUGCCUCGCUGAGAAUGUAGAGGAAUCACCCACACAAGACUACCAGGAGAAGGGCCUUUCACAGUUCCUGUUUUUUAAACCAUCCCACAAAGAGUUAAUGCAUGUCUCUAGAGGAUACCUGACCAUUAACAACUUCAUAAUACAUAUCUGGAUGUCACCAGCACUUCGCAUGUUGACAGUUCUGAGCAUGUUUUACUAUAUAUAUCUUCGGCGCCGAGCCAGAACAGCAACAAGAGGAGAACUGAUGAACAAUCGAAGAGCCAUUGAAUCAAACAGGCCCUUGCCUAUCAAUGUCGAAUUAGUCCAGUAUGCCAAAGAAGUAUUGGAUUUUAGUUCCCACUAUGGUAGUGAAAACAGUAUGUCAUACACCAUGUGGAAUUUGGCUGGUGCUCCUAACGUGUACCCUAGUUCUGGCGAUUUUACACAGACUGCUGUAUUUAGAACUUAUGGAACUUGGUGGGAAUUAUGUCCUAGUGCCCGAUUACCUUUUAAGAGAACACCAUCUAACUUCCAUAGUCAGGACUUCGUAGAGCUUGCUUUUGAGGAACCAGUUUAUCCUACAGCAAUACAUGUUCUGGAAACUUACCAUCCUGGUUCGGUUGUUAAGAUUUUGGCAUGUUCUGCAAGUCCUUAUUCCCAAAAUCGGCCUGCUGAUGUAAGGUGGGAAGUCCUGUGGUCAGAGGCACCUACCAAGGUGAAUUCACCUCAGGCACGGCAGUUUUCACCUUGUAUCAAGCAGAUAAAUUUUCCAACAAACCUAAUUCGCCUGGAACUAAAUAGUUCCCUUCUGGAUUAUUACACUGAAUUGGAUGGAGUAGUACUACAUGGUGUGAGAAAGAGGCCUGUCCUUUCACUGAAUACUUCAAUGAUUGCUAUGGAUGAUCUUGAUGAUGAUGAUGAAGAUGAAGAAAGAGGUGAUGACUUGGAUUGUCUGAAUAAGCAGUUUAGUGCUACUGCCUUCAAGGAAUCAACAACCAAUGGAUAUUUCGAUAAAUUGCCUUAUGAGCUCAUCCAGUUGAUUUUGAGUCACCUUACAGUUCCAGAUCUGUGUAGUCUGUCUCAGACAUGUAAACUACUCUAUCAGCACUGCUGUGAUCCUCUACAGUACAUUCACCUCAGUCUGCAACCUUAUUGGGCAAAGAUAAAUGACACCGCUCUGGAAUACCUACAGCCUCGCUGUGUCCUUGUCCAGUGGCUGAAUUUAUCUUGGACUGGGAACAGAGGAACAAUUUCUGUUUCUGCAUUUAGCAGGUUUCUGAAAGUUUGUGGUUCAGAACUGCUGCGUCUGGAGUUGUCUUGUGGCCAUUUCCUCAAUGAGACUUGCAUGAAGGUUAUUGCUGAGACAUGUCAGAAUCUUCAGGAAUUAAAUCUGUCUUCCAGUGAUAAGUUGCCACCUCCCGCUUUCAACCACAUUGCCAAGUUGUACAACCUUAAGCGUCUAAUUCUUUACCGGACAAAGGUAGAGCAAACAGCAGUGCUCAGCAUUCUGAACUUCUGUUCAGAGCUUCAGCACCUCAGCCUGGGUAGCUGUGUAAUGAUUAACGACUAUGACACAGUAGCUAGUAUGAUGGGAGCAAAAUGCAACAAGCUUCGUACACUGGAUUUAUGGAGAUGUAAAAACAUUACUGAAAAUGGAAUAGCAGAGUUAGCUUCUGGCUGCCCACUGCUGGAGGAGCUUGAUCUUGGCUGGUGCCCUACACUUCAGAGCAGCACUGGCUGCUUUGCAAAACUUGCACGUAAACUCCCAAACUUGCAAAAGCUCUUUCUGACUGCCAACAGGUCUGUGUGUGACUCUGAUAUAGAAGAACUUGCUGCUAACUGUACUAAUCUCCGUCAGCUUGAUAUAUUGGGAACAAGAAUGGUAAGCCCUGCAUCUUUAAGAAAAUUGCUGGAGUCUUGUAAAGAUCUUUCCUUACUUGACGUGUCCUUCUGUUCACAAAUUGAUAAUAGAGUUGUCCUGGAACUAAAUGCCAACUUUCCUAAUGUGUUCAUCAAAAAGAGUUUCACUCAGUGACUCAGUUGUGGAAUUGAUCUGACACAAAUUCUGUUUCCCCUGAAUUUGUGAUUAUUUUCAAAGGAAAAAAAAGUCUCCUUGGAAUAAUAGAUAUAAGUAAACUCAUCUUGAUAUGAUGGCUAAAUGUGAAAUCAAAGAUUUAAACUGUAAUGGGGGCAACCACUAUACUUUGUACUGUAUCUAGUUUCUGUACUGGGUAAGUGACAUAAUACGUUUUGAAGUAGGAGGAAUCAUGUAAGAUGGCAUACAUUUAAAUGCUGCUAAAGAGUAUUUGAUGCAAUAAGCUACUUGAAUGUUAAUAUCAAACUUGUAAUAAUGACUAAUGGAGAAAUAAAAGGUGAUUUUUUAUUUCUUUUUAGUCUUAGCCUUUAAGGUGCAAACAUUUGGUUGGCCACCACAAAGCUGAAAAGUUGUUUGGGAUUUUACAAAUUCAAACAAGAAAAUGCAUUUCUUUUUAUUAACCAUAACAGUAUAACGCCUUUAAAAUUGAUAUGCAUUAUUGGGAAUUUUCCAUUUCCACUAAAUGAUAGGCAGCUAAGUAGCUACCACAAGAUAUUGUAGUCAAAGACAGAGAACUUUAUAAAGUCAAAAACGAUUGUCCGCAUCUUAUUCUGUCUCCCUUGAUUAUAAAUAAUAAUGUAAAAUGAGUUACAUGGUAUCACUGCUCUAAGAAUUUUUAUGAUCCCAUUUUAUUUUAUUGCGUACCACUUUUUGAGAUGAGAAAGCUCUCAGCACAGCAGUACCACACCAGAGGAGCGAACAUUAUUUGAAGUCAAUUGAGAAGAGAGGACUCGGCUAUAUGUGUCAUUGGGACUUCUGCUGACACAUUCCCAGAUUUUUUUAAAAAAAUUGAAAAAUCAUGUCAGUGGAGCACAAUCUGGAUUGGUGAAAGAUUGAAGCACCCCCCUCCCAAUCAUUUUCCCAUCCUGAAAUGGUCCCAGGGAGUCACUGUUUUGCUGUGAUUGGGUGUGGUAGGGCUGGGUGUCUUCCAGGCAGCCAGUGGUAAGGGUUUAAAGUCCAUUGAUCCCAUUCCCCCAAGCACAUGCCAGACUCUCCAGUCCUGUGAGCCAUUUAUUCAGACCUCUAUAUUGUUGGCAGCACACUUCCUGCCUUGUGGCUCACAUUGCUACUCUAUCAAUCACCCUUUGCCAGACUGUGACUGCUGCUUUUAACUAACACACUGGCUUGGCUGACCUGCUCACCCACCUAUUCUCAGCUGCUGCUAAUUGCUACUUGCUCUGCCAUCUCCUGAGCCAUUUGCCCUCAUCAUUUCCAUGUGAGGCUUUCCUGAGGAGGCUUCUCAGAGCCUUUUGCUUCCAGCUGGGCUCAGAGCUUUUCUCAUGAGGUGCCUCAGGUAAGUGGGUUCUCUCUCAGAUCCAUCUCUGUUGCAAUAGGAAACAUAGGACUACAGGAGAACCUGUAUAUAAUGGGAAACUGGCAUGAUGGGAUAGCUUAUUAACCACCAUCACUCCGUCAAAAUUGGGCCCCAAAUGCAUGGCGUUGUUGAUAAUGCUGAUGAUGAUGAACUGCUGGGACCUAUGUUUACAGAACUCCCAAUAUCAUGUGUCCUUGUGCCAGAAGAGAAGUAGAGCUGCUGAGUUUGGCAUUAACUAUCUCCCGUUCCUUCCACUGUGAAGGUUAAUACAAGAUACAAAAUUGUGUUUAAUUUUCCUCCGUGUAUGAGUGGAAGGAAGAUAAAUUUCCACUGGUUUUGCCUUUCGUAUAAUAGUCCUCUGGUGUUCCAAAGAAUCCUUUGACCCUUAGAAGAGACUUUUUGCAGGAACACCUGGGGUUCAAGACAGAAGAAGUAGCAAAGCUCUGUCAGCAAAUGGAUUUCCAUGUAUGGAUGUCUGGAUUCAGAAUAAUAUUUGUGAAGUGUAUUAUCAUAAUGUUUCAAAUUGUUCAAAAGCAAGUUUAUUUUGCAUUAAUUUUAUUUCACUUCUGAUUAAACUUAACAUCUUCUAUAAA